CCCUUAUUUCAAUAUGUAAAUUUCAGUUUAAAUUUCAUCCAUUUCUGAUUUUUCGUUCUCUUUUUGUUGGUAACUCGAUUAGAUGUUGGUUAAAGGCAAACAUUAUAAUGAAGCUAACGAAAGAUGAUAGGAAAGUAAAUAUUCAUUUUCAUUGGCUUAUUAUGCGUAUGUCGUGGAAUAAAUUAGUAAACAAGCAUAAUUAAAAACUCUGUUGGAAACUAUUACAAAACAAAAACAAAUGUCAAAGAACAGCAGCACUCGAAUUGGGUCAAGCAUGUCACAGCCAAGUAAAGUGAUGGGUGAUAAUAAAUGGGGUUAAUAAAAACUGAGUGAAAAAAUAAUUAAUGCAUAAAUUUCUAAAAACAUGUGCAAAAACAAAAAAAAAAAGAUGAAAUGAAAUCCACCAAAAUUCUUAUUGGAAACGCUAUGUUGCACAACGCAAACAGCUGCAAAGGUUCAUAGCAGAACACUCGUCGUGUGCAUAGCCUUAAGCGAAUUGAAGAAUUUCGUUUCGAACGAUUUAAUAAGUGGCAAAAAGAAUAAAAAAGAACAUAAAUGAUAAAGAGAAGUGAAUGAGAAGUUGACAAAUUGCGUCUGGGCGCAGAUAGCACAGUCAAUUUUGGAAUUUAUAACAGAAAGAAUUCAGAAGCGUUUUUUGCGACGGUGGAAAAGGUGGCCAGGAGCUUGACACCAGCACUCUGACAUAUAAGAAGCGGCUGAAGGCAACUUUCUUCUUUAGUUGAACUGCGAGCCUUGCGUAGCGCGGAAGGUCCGAAAAACGGGUCAGACCUUUGCAAAAUAUCUCCUCAAGUGUUAAAGGUUUGUGUGCCACUGGGAAAUUUAGCUGUCAAAGUAUCAGUGCCAAAGAUAAGAAUGCGACAAUUAAAGUACGCAAUGUGGGCAGUGGUGCUGCUUCAUUUGAGUGCUAGUAGAGCGGACUCUGGCUACUCUUAUCAACCUCCCUAUAACCAAAAUGUCGCUUUACCACAAGAAAAUGGAAACUAUUACCAACCCCCGCACUCUCCACUACCUGUUUCACCGCAGCAAAACUUCAACGGAUACGACUAUCCACGACCACCUUCGCGCGUUCCUAUUUUACCUGCGGAGAAUAUGGACUUCCAGCUUAGCAACAAUGAAUCAGUUGCCACACCACCACCCGGCGUAAUGGGUGACUUCAUUGAUGACAUUAUAAAUGGGCAAAAAGAGCAAAUACUCUCUUCUUUAUUGGGUAACACUGAAGGUGCCGUUGGGUUGGGAGAUGAUGAUGAUGCGAAGGCAUUCCGCUUCAACAAAUGUGCUACGUGCACUUGCGGUGUUCCAAAUGUAAAUCGCAUUAUUGGUGGCACUGUUGUGCGUAUCAAUAAAUAUCCCUGGACUGCACAGCUCAUUAGAGAUAAUUUUGUCUACUGCGGAGGCACACUGAUCAACGACCGUUAUGUGCUGACCGCCUCUCACUGUGCCAAGGGGCAAAAUGUCAAACGCAUAUCGGUAAGACUGUUGCAGCUUGGUCGUUCUACACAAAAUAUGGGCAUCAUGAGACGUGCCGUGGCGCUAGUGACGCACAAGAAAUAUAACGAUAAUACUUUGGUCAAUGAUAUAGCCUUGGUGAAGCUGAGUAAGCCCAUAGCGUUGAAGGAUCCAAUUAGACCAGUUUGCUUGCCAAAUCCCAAUCAGAACUUUGAUUUCAAGGAGGGCGUAAUCGCUGGCUGGGGUCUUACGAGUCAGGAUGGUGAUAUUUCGAGCGUCUUGCAGGAGGUCACAGUGCCAAUAAUCACGAACGCGCAAUGUCGUAACACUUCGUAUAAAACAAUGAUAGUGAAUGCGAUGUUGUGCGCAGGAUUAGUUGAAGAAGGAGGCAAGGAUGCGUGUCAGGGCGACAGUGGCGGCCCGUUGAUUGUGCGUGAUCGUAUCUUCCAAUUGGCUGGUGUUGUAUCCUUUGGAUUUGGUUGCGCUAAACCGAAUGCUCCGGGUGUCUAUACGCGCGUCAGUAAGUACUUGAAGUGGAUCUCGGAAAAUACGAAAGAUGCCUGUUAUUGCAAGCAAUGAGUGGAGGGAAGGGUUUAAUUAUUUAUUAUUUAUUAAUUUUAAUUUAUUAUAUUUUAUACAUUUUGAACUAUUUAGUUAUUUUGGA